CUUUCACCAGGCACUACUUCUCCGGCUGCGCACGUGGAAACACUAGAUUAAUGAUUCCUUUCUGUGCGGUUAUGUCGCGAGCUGCAGCGGCACGUUCCACUUCUUUUUCAGAGUUCUCGCGCGGGAGGAGGAACAUUUUGUAGAGCAGCAGACGUGCUGAGAAUGAGUCCCGCAUAACUUGGGGUAUUGUUGUUAUCUACCCCCCCUCCUCUCCUUCCUCUCUUUUUCCCCCUUGUCUCUCCAGUUUGAGUCAUUGCACAGAAGUAUGGUAGAUAAAGGCCCCUUGUUGACCUCUGCCAUCAUCUUUUACCUGUCCAUUGGGGCAGCUAUUUUUCAAGUUCUGGAGGAGCCCAAUUGGAAGCGGGCUGCCGAUCGGUAUAAUGAACAGAAGGAUGAACUUCUUAAGGACUAUCCGUGUCUGACGAAAGCUGAUUUGGACAGAAUAUUAGAGGCGGUGUCUGAUGCAGCAGGCCAAGGGGUCACGAUAACUGGCAGCAAGACCUUCAACAACUGGAACUGGCCUAAUGCUGUUAUCUUUGCCGCCACUGUUAUCACUACUAUCGGAUAUGGAAACAUUUCACCUAAAACAUCAGAAGGCCGUGUAUUCUGUAUCUUCUACGGACUCUUUGGUGUGCCUUUGUGUCUUACCUGGAUCAGUGAGCUGGGAAAGUUCUUUGGUGGUCGUGCCAAGCACCUGGGACAGUUUCUAACCAAAAAAGGAUUCUCACUGAGAAAGGCUCAGUUUACCUGCACAGCUAUUUUCCUGCUCUGGGGAGUGCUGGUCCAUUUAGUUCUUCCACCUUUUGUGUUUAUGUCCCAGGAGGGUUGGUCAUAUGUUGACGGCUUGUACUUCUCAUUUGUUACCUUGACCACCAUUGGCUUCGGGGACUUGGUCGCAGGUGUCGAACCAAAUAAAGAGUACCCAACUUUGUACCGUUACUUUGUGGAAGUUUGGAUCUAUCUUGGGUUGGCCUGGCUUUCCUUGUUCUUCAACUGGAAAGUGCGAAUGGUGAUUGAGGCCCAUAAGGCGCUGAAGAAACGGCGCAAGCUUCGUAAGCUAUCUCUGGAAGAGCUCAGGCACUACAAAGAGUCUCAGAAGGCUGCGCUUCGUUUGCCACCCACUCCUAAUGACGUCAACAUCUUUAGCUUUCUGUCCAAGAAGCAGGAAGGCUACAAUGACUUGAUUAAACAGAUCGGCACCAAAAAAGACAGCAGAACCACCAAUGGCAGUUCCAACAUAAUCAAGAAAUCCAAAGACACUAAUCGUUCCAAGAGUUGCAAUGAUGCUCCCAUGUUUAAUGGUCACACCAUCCUAAGUCUUGACCGUUCUCCACGCCAAAAGAGACGCUAUAGUUUCAGUGACCGUGUCACUGUGGCUUUUUCAAAGUCCAAGAACUACCUCCUGGGCUCGGACAAUGGUUUGCUGCUAACAGAGGACCAAGUAGAGGGUGAUCUAGAACUAGACCAGGACCAAAUGUAUGAAAACCAGCUUGACAAGGACGUUGACCUUGAGAAUGGAGGAGCGGGAGAUUGUGGAGCCAGUGGUCGAAGGCCGUGGGACUCCAAAGAGUACCAUCCCCUAACAAUACAAAAUGCUAACAUUACUUUUAUAGAUGAGGAGAACUUUCUCGGCAACAACUUGGAGGAAGAAGAGGACGACAACGACGAGGAUGAUGAUGGUGAUUCCAAAGCCAAGCUAUCCAUCACUACAUGUGAUGAAAACAUUGAAAUGAACUCUAAGGAAGAGCAGAGUUCCGAAUCUGAAGAGUCUGUGUUCACUAGUGACGGUUCAGAGCACAGCCACUCCUAUGAGAAACUUGUUGAGGAAUAUGCAAAGGAAGAAAACACAGAAUCCUGAUCUUCACUUGUUGACUGGGUUUGUUUUUAAGUAUAAGUAUGCCAAUGUGAACUUCUUGAAAGAGUAUCAGAAGUCCCAUUGCACUUUUAGGAGUCUGAUAACAAAAGACUGAAAAGCCAUGAUCAAAUUUCAAAUGAAUGUUGUUUUUCUUAACAGAGAAGUGAAAAUCCACAUCACUUUUGAGUGUUUUAAAUAUCAAAUUCCCAUGAACUGUUGAACAAAAUUUAGUUGUUGUUGUUGAAAAUGGACUAAUGAGCAUGAAAUGUAACCCUAUGAGUAUUUAACAUCUGCUCUAUUUAUGUCUUUUUAUACGGUUUUUAGAAACUAUGUGCCUAACAUUUAUUUUAUUUCCAAACCAAUUACUAUUUUCAAUGAGUACUUUUUUUCUACUCUGAGGCUAACAAGAAGUUAUACGGGGGAAAGUGUGAUUCCCCAUAGUUUCUUUUUUGCUUAUUCACCAUAUUGGUGUUUUUAUAGUAUUUAUUAAAAUGAAGGACAUUGUAGCCUUUUUAUUCAGUCGCUACAUCGGUUUUAUAUGCCUCCAUUGCACAAUUCCACCAAGUACGGACCGUUUAAAGUCCAAUUUCAGUGCUGAUUGUCUUUUUAAACCUGAGCCAUUUGUCCUUGAAGAAAACUGAAGGGGAAUUAAGAGCCAUCUUUUCAUUUCAUAUGUUUCUUUUGUGAACUCCUUGAUAACUUGUGUCUGUGAUUGCUGAUUAUUUUGGCUGUCUGCAAUAUAAUUGUGACUGCACUAGAGGUCAUGGGUGAUGCAUUGGCAACAACUUAGGAGUCCAUAGCCAACCUAGAAAGCUUGUGAGACUCUUUAAACCAAUAUUUUUUGCCUUUUAACUUCUGUUCCAAGACUUCUUUCCUUUUGUCAAAAAAAAAAAAAGAAGAAAA